AUGGCGCUCAUUGCUGGUUCAGAGCGACUUCGGGUGAUGGCACAGGAGGAAUUUAAUGGUGUACUCAUUGUCGCCAGUUGGAAUAAGAGAAAGAUGGAGUGCUGUGUUCUAGACAUGCUGAAUUUGGGAUUCCUACAGGUCAUCCCAAUGAAGAACAAGUUCUGGUAUUUUGAGUUUGGCACCUCGGAGACAUUCUCGGCGACCUGCAAGAGACUGCAUGAAUCUGUGGAGAUCGAAUGUGAUGGCGUGCAGCUAGACCUAAUAAACAUCUCGCUAGAAGGAAUUGCUAUUUUGAAUAUUCCCAGCAUGCAUGGAGGAUCCAAUCUUUGGGGGGAGACCAAGAAAAGGCGCAGCCAUCGCCGAACUGAAAAGAAGGGAUCAGACAAGAGAACAACCGUCACCGAUGUUAAGGAGCUAAAGUUUGCGAGUCAAGGAAUGCAUGCUGACAUAGGACUGGAGAUGCCUGUUUGGAGGAGAGUGCUGCCCCACCCCUGA